AUGUCCGCGCCGACCCACGAGGAGCAGCGCCGCGCCUGGCUGGAUGCAUUCGCCUCCGCGCUCGAGAGGCGCGAUGUCGACGCCGCGGCCUCCCUCUUCGCGGACGAGUGCUACUGGCGCGACCUUGUGGCCUUCACAUGGAACCUGGUGACGCUGGAGGGCCGCGACGCCGUGGCGGCCAUGCUGACCGCCACACUGCCGGCGGCAUCGCCGAGGGGAUGGGCGGCGGAGGGAGACGCGAUUGAAUCCGCGGAGGGCGUCGUGGAGGGGCGAUUCAAUUUCGAGACGGGUGCGGCGAGGUGCAAGGGGCACGUCAGGCUGAGAGGAGGGCGGUGCUGGACGCUGACGACGACCAUGGAUGAAUUGAUCGGCCACGAGGAGAGGCGGGGGAGGAGGCGGGAGACUGGCAGAUGCACAGCGGCGGGGACAAAGUCGGUGGGGGAGGUUGGGGAUCCUGGUUGGCAGCCUUACUGUUUGGUGGUGGGGGGUGGCCAGGGGGGAAUCACCGUGGGGGCGAGGCUGGGAGUACUGGGCGUGCCCGUCCUCGUGGUGGACCGGCUGGAGAGGCCGGGCGACGCCUGGCGGCGGCGCUACGCCUGCCUGGUGACCCACGACCCCGUGCACGCGGACCACCUGCCGUACAUGCCCUUCCCCGACCACUGGCCAGUGUUCUCCACCAAGGACAGGAUGGGAGACUGGCUGGAGGCCUACGCCACGGUCAUGGGCCUGAACUACUGGGGGAGCACGGAGUGCAGGAACGCGGUGUACGACGAGGAGGGCCAGCGGUGGACCGUGACAUUGAACAGGGAGGGGAAGGAGGUGAAAGUUUAUCCGACGCACGUGGUGCUGGCCACGGGGCUUUCUGGGGCGCCAAAGGUUCCAGAAGUGCCGGGCGCGGCCACCUUUGUUGGCCUGCAGCAGCACUCCAGCGAGUUCAGCAGCGGGAAGGGCUGGGAGGGCAAGCGUUGCGUCGUUGUGGGGGCGGGCAACUCGGCGCUGGACAUCUGCGGCGACCUGUGGGCCCACGGGGCCCAGGUGACCAUGGUGCAGAGGUCGGCCACCCUGGUAGUGCAGUCCCAGACGCUGACGGGCCGCAUGCUGGGGAAGUGGUACUCGGAGGAGGCGGUGGAGGCGGGCGUGACGCAUGAGAUGGCAGACUUCGCGCAGUCCACCGUGCCGUACCGACUUAUGCCCGCCAGGUCAAAAGUCCUCUUCGACGAGAUCAGGGCCGCGAACGCAGAGUUCUACGACGGGCUUUCCAAGGCCGGCUUCCUGCUGACGUUCGGACCCGACGGCUCAGGCAUGCCGAUGCGGUACCUGAGGCGCGCCGCCGGAUCGCUAAUCGACACCGGCAACUCCGAGCUGAUCGCCAGCGGCAAGGUGCGGCUGAAGAGCGGCGUGGAGAUUAGUAAUGCCGAGGCGGACGCCCUGGUGCUGAAUGACGGUACCAGACUCCCCGCGGAUCUGGUCGUAUACGCCACCGGAUAUGGCAACAUGUCGGAGGUGGUGGCCAAGCUGUUGGGGCAGGGCGUGGCGGAUAGAAUAGGCAGGGUGUGGGGAAUGGGGUCGGGGCUGGACGGGGACCCGGGGCCCUGGGAGGGCGAGCUGCGCAACAUGUGGAAGCCCACCCGGCAGCCGGGGCUCUGGAUACACGCGGGCAUGCUGGCGCUGUCGCGCACCUACUCGCGCUACCUGGCGCUGCAGAUCAAGGCCCGGUUUGAGGGCAUCCCCACGCCGGUGUACGGCCUGGCCGAGGUGCACCACAAAAGGUGA